GCUGGAAGUUCCCAAGCUGGCUUGCUUGUUGUAGGCGCUACCACCACCACCACCCACCCACCCACUUGUUGGAUUCUCAUUUUUUUUUUCUUGAUCAGCAAUCAGCAAUAUCACUCCAUUUCUUUUCACAUCAGCUGAAUCCAGUCAGAAAGCCCUGGCUGUGUGGCCGGAAGGGUUUCUGAUAAAUCGCCACAUCGAUCGAUCGAGCUGCAUACACAUAACUCCAGCAACCCAACCAGUCCUGCUCGAACAGUGAUUUUUUAUCAAGCAAUCGACCCUCAGGGAACUGCUCAGUCAGGUGGUCUCUAUUGCCACCACCCUCCCCGUCUUCAAUAAAAUAAAUAAAUCUUUAAAUGGUCCUUGAAGAAAAACGACUUGAUCCGUUUGCCAACCUGCUACCAUGACCAACUCCAACAGCAGCUCAUCCACACAACCUCGUACCUACUACACCCUCCUGGGCAUCGAUCAGGAUGCAAACCCCAAGGAGAUCGAGAAGGCUUACAAGCGUCAGGCUCUCAUCCACCAUCCUGAUCGAAACCCCAAUGACUCUCAAUCUCAAUCGACCAACAUGUUUCAGAAACUGGCUGAGGCUUACGAAGUCUUAAGAGAUCCAAUCAAGCGGAGGAAGUAUGACCUGAAAGUGGCCAACACCAUUGCACUUCAUUCAGACCCCGCAACCGCUCAUUCUCGGCCUUCUCCCGGAAACGCCUUUCCCAACCGUCCGGCCAGCCAGCAGUCUAGUCGUCCGACCAACCAGCCCAAGCGAUCCUCUACCUUCGACCUCUUUGCUUAUCCGGGAGAAGUGCCCAGAUACGUCCCCUCCCCCAGUCGACGUCCUGCAUCCACCGCGCCGGCCUUCCGUCCUCGCUCAGGCUCGUCUGCUCAGUCCGCCGAACCCAUGACGUCGGCUAGCAUCAACCCCAAUCCGAGCCAGCUCCACCGCCACUGCUCAAUCCCCGCUGCUUCCCCGGCCGGCCGCCAUCAUCACCAUCAGCACCAUCACCAAAGCCCUGCACAACACAAGCCAUUCACCCAGAAAAUCAACCUCAAGGACCUCGACUCACUCGACUUCUUGGGUCUUCAUCCCCAGUCGCAAAACAGUCGUCCUAGCAACAUCCCCUCAUCCGCUCUCAGAGCACAAGCCCGGCCAACUCCCGAAGCCGCCAAUUCCUCAUUCCAUCCAACACAUUCCCGAGAUAUCUCAAGCUCAGCACCGGACCCAUAUCUUACCUUUGAACGCGCCUGGGGACAGAGUCUGGACGGGAUCGUCGAUGGGAUCGCCGAUCGGCAGCCCGAUCACAGAAGAUAUUCCAACAGGAAAUCCAACACGGAGCCCAUCUCGCUGAACAGCAAGCCCCCCAGCGUACACCGAUCGGCCACCGUGCGCAGUGCCGAUUCCGACUACCGCUCCUCGAGCAGCAGCUUUGAGCAUUCCACAAGACGGCCUCGUUCGGCCGGAGGCAAUCGACACGCCGACUGGCUCCCCUCGCCCAACUGCACCACCAGUCCCCAACGGCUCUCGUCUCGCUCAGUACAAGAGCCCCGCUCGAGCUUGGAUGAUGAUCUGCUCUAUCUGCCUUCUUCGGCCUACUCUUCCCAAAAUCGACGCAUGUCUACUGGCAACAAUGAGUCCUUCUACCACCAGCCUACUACCCAUCACGCUCAUCAGCAGCCUCGUCUGUAUCGCCAUGCGAGCAAUACGGGCAUCACGGGCUCAUCCAUUCGUGGCACUCACGGGGUUGGUGUGAGAGGAGCCAGUACUCAUAGUCAAACCAGUUCACCGACUAGUUCGUCGACCGACUGUCCCGCUUCCAGCCAUCCAAUGGCCCCCAACUCUCGACGAAGUAGGGCGUCUACCUUGAUGCCCGACUAUCCUCCGCUCGAGAAUAAGCAUGAUCCUCAGACUCAGACCCAGACUCAGAGUCAUGGCUUGAGUAGAGAGUUUAGAGAGGUCAUCAUCCGCUUCGAACGCGAGAGAGACGGCAGCACUCGGCUCAGUAAGGAGAUCAAAAGUCGCACUAUCGAUCUCGAUGGCACCGUCCAUGAUCGCUAUCGUAGACAGAGGGCCGCCGCCGUCAAUUGAUCUCUUCUUCUUCUUUCCCCUCCUUGUCUGAGCUUGUUGACCAUUCGGCCCUCAUCGGCUUCUUUUCUUUAAUCACUCUCUCGCCCUUUGUUCUCUUAUCGACACACAUCGUUUUAAUUUCCUUAUUUAUUUUAUUUUUUUAAUUAUUCCUUUGUACUUUUAACUUUUUUUUUUUUUCUUUCUUUCUUUUUUUUGCAUACAUGCUUAUUAUAUACAUGACUGAUUACUCAUAUACAGAUCCGAUCCUUCUUUUUUUCUUUAUCUAUCUCUUGUUGGCUCUUUCUUCUUCUCAUCAGAGCUUUAUUUAUUGUGUGGUGAAUUCAAGCAAUCCAUACACUUAUUUUUAUCUUGAUCGAUCAUCGA